AUGGUGGCUACUCAGAAAGGGAAGAAAAGAGGCCAGAGGAAAAGGAAGCCCCAGCGAAGGAAGGCCACGUGUAGGAAGCCACAGAUAAAGCAGAAGAAGCUGCCACUCAAGGAAGGGAGGAAGGUGAGGCACAAGCCUGCAGUGAGGCAGGUGAGGCGAGGCCGGGGGCUGAAGCGCCCAUAUGAUUUGUAUGUGUCUAAGAUGCUAAAGCAGCUGCAUCAGGACAAGGUGCCCAUGUCAGCCAAGGCCAAGGGAGCGAUGAUUUCCUAUGUGAGGAAGGUCUACAACAAGGUGUCCUCGGCAGCAGAGUGCCACAGGAAGAACAGCGGUUGCUGCACCAUCGGCUCGAAAGAGCUACAAUCUGCCCUGAGGCGGGUGAUGCCAAAGAAAGUGGCCAAGCAUUUGGCCACUUCCAUCAACAGCAAUUCUCCGUAG